CCUCAUGGCUAACACACACAAUGUGACUGAAUUCAUUUUUCUGGGACUCUCUCCUAAUCAGCAGGUGCAGAGGGUUUGCUUUGUGAUGUUCCUGAUCUUGUAUGCAGCCAUCGUGCUGGGGAAUCUCCUCAUGGUGGUCACUGUUGCAGCCAGCAGAAGUCUUGGGUCCCCCAUGUACUUCUUCCUCCUCCACCUGUCCUUUGUGGAGAUCUGUUACUCCUCUACCACAGCCCCCAAACUCAUCAUUGAUCUUUUGGCUGAAAAGAAAUCCAUACCCGUGUGGGGCUGUAUGACACAGCUUUUUUUCAUGCACUUCUUCGGUGGUACUGAAAUUUUCCUGCUCACGGUGAUGGCCUAUGACCGCUAUGUAGCCAUCUGCAAGCCCCUGCACUACACUAGCAUCAUGAACCGGCAGGUGUGCACUGCCCUUGUGGGAUUAGCGUGGGUGGGAGGCUUCAUGCAUUCCUUUGCCCAGAGUCUCUUCAUUUUUCCGUUGCCCUUUUGUGGCCCCAAUGUCAUUGACCAUUAUUUCUGUGAUUUGCUUCCUCUACUCAAACUUGCCUGCUCAGACACAUUCCUUAUUGGUCUGCUGAUCGUUGUAAAUGGAGGGACACUAUCUGUGAUCAGCUUUGUGGUCCUCUUAGCAUCCUAUGUGAUCAUCUUGUUCCACUUGAGGACUCAAAGCUCUGAUGGGCGGUACAAAGCCCUGUCCACCUGUGGGUCCCAUGUCACUGUGGUUGUUUUGUUCUUUGGUCCCUGCAUCUUCAUCUAUCUGAGACCUUCUGCCACUCUGCCUGUAGACAAGAUGGUAACUGUGUUCUACACAGUGAUAACUCCCCUCCUCAAUCCCAUCAUCUACUCCCUGAGAAAUGCAGAAGUGAAGAAAGCCAUGAAAAGUCUAUGGAUCCGGACAAUGAAAGUAGAUAAGAAAUGAAGUUUGGAUAUUUGGCAUUAGGAUUGGAAUGAUGUAAG